UUCUCCUUCACGAAAAAUUUCUCCCUUCUUCUUCUCCUCUCAACCUCCUCUCGGGUGUUGUAAAAAAGACUUGAUCUUAUCACAUAUCCUCCAUUCUUUUUCUCCAUCACAAAUAUAUUUCCUCUUCUACAAAUCUAGAAAAUGACAAACAAAUAUGUGUCAUUUUUGUUGUUUACAAAUGGCCAUAUGAUUGACGGUGUUGAUGGGGUUGAUUACGAUCAACCUCCAUGUGGAAAUUUUAGCAUAAAUUGGAAUAGUACAAUUGUGUUCGAACAAUUCCUCCAAAUGGUAGGAUUAUCACUUGGUGUAGAUAUGAGUUCAAGCCAGAUAGAGAUAAUAUAUAGACACCCUAAUUUAACCGCAUCCGGAACAGUAAGGUUUAUGCCAUUCCCUAUUUCAAACGAACAAGAAAUGAACACCAUGCUUUCAAUUGCACUGCCGUUUCCAAACAUGGUGCAUCUGUAUGUGACUGUGAGUAUGGUAGAUACUGCCAUAAACUUAAAUGUAGAACCGAGAUAUGUUGAAGAAUAUGUUGAUGUUUAGCCAGAGUCAGAUGCACCACCAGUGUGCCAUGAAGAAGAAAUGGUAGCUACCAACGAAUACACAGAGUUUAGAACAGAAACUGAUGACGAAUUUGAAGAGAUGGAUUUCGAUGGUUGUGAAUAUGAAGUUCCAUCUAAUACAUUUACUGAUUUAGACAUGAAUGCAGUAGAUGCCAUUCAAGAACACGAUCCAAUUAUAGUUCCAAUGGUGACUGACAACACCAAAUUGUACACGGGAAUGAUUUGUGAAAAUAAAGAAAUGCUGCAACAUAUGGUUAAGUGCUUUGCUAUUAAGAGUCACGCACCAUAUGAAGUAGUAGAGUCUACACCGACAAAGUGGGUCAUCCGAUGUAAAAAGUCGAACGAAGGUUGCAAAUGGAGACUUCGUGCAAUAAUGAAGAAAUCUCAUGGUUUAUUUGAGAUCACAAAGUUAUCUGACCAACAUACUUGCUUUUACUCAGAACUUAGUCAAAGUCAUGUGCAAUUGGAUUCUUCAAUGCUUGCACGAGAGUUUUUUGAAUUUGUCAGAGAAAAACCAUCAAUAAGUGUUGCGUCACUGCAAUCCAUGAUCAAGGAAAAGUUUGGCUACCAUGUUUCUUACCGUAGGGCUUGGGAUGGUAAAAAAAAAGCAGUAGCCAAAGUGUUUGGCGAUUGGGAUGAGUCGUACAAAUUAUUACCUAGGUGGUUGUAUAUGGUGAAGCAUACCAAUCCUGGAACACUCGUUGAAUGGAGGGUACAGGCCACACCUAUCGAAGGCCAUGUCAUCUUAUCAUCAGUAUUUUGGGCAUUUGGUCCAUGUAUAGAAGCCUUUAGUAGAUGUAGGCCACUUAUUCAAAUCGACGGCACUCACCUGUAUGGCAAGUAUCGAGGAAAGUUAUUAAUUGCUACAUCUAUUGAUUCAAAUGGUCAUCUUCUACCAUUAGCAUUUGCUGUUGUUGAAGAAGAGUCUGCAGAUUCAUGGGGAUGGUUUUUACGACAUCUAAAACAAAUUGUGACCCAUGACGAGAUAUGCUUACUUUCCGAUCGACAUGCUGGCAUUAUAUCGGCGGUUAACAAUCUGGAUAAUUGAUGGACAGGAGCGAAUUGUCAUCAUAGAUUCUGUUUACACCAUGUUGUCAGUAAUUUCUACAAAAGAUAUAAAUUCACACCAUUAAAGAAUUAUGCUUAUCGUGCCGGGUGUCAAUUUCAGAUCUGAAAGUUUGAUAAAGCCAUUCAGGAUCUAAUGAGAAUAAACAGUAGAUGCAUGAGUUUUUUUGAUGACAUUCCUAUAGAGAAGUGGACUCAAGCACAUGGCGGAGGAUUUCGAUACGGGUGGAUGACAACAAAUCUAUCAGAGUGCAUGAAUGGAGUUUUCAAAGGAGCUCAAAUGUUGCCGAUAAAUGCUAUAGCUCAAAUUACAUUCUUCAAAUGUGUGAGUUACUUUGAAAAAAGGAGAGAGGAAAUAAAAGUUGCAUUGGAACGUGGAGAUAAAUAUACCGGGUACGCACUUCAGAAAAUAUUAAAAUGGUCUAUAAGAUCCAGUAAGCAUGAAGUACAAUCAUAUGAUCGAUCUGAAGGCAUAUUUCAUGUAAAAACUGGACGUCACGAAUUAAAUUCUAAAGGAGGUAAUAUCCAAAUAUUGAGACUAAGUGCUUCUGAGCGGUACUGUUCGUGUAACAAGUGGCAAACCUUUGGUAUUCCAUGCUCGCAUUUUAUGGCGGUUUGUUCACGGUUUAACAUGAACUAUGAAGACUUUGUUGAGGACUAUUAUAAAAUAUCAACUUACGCUGCAUGCUAUGCGCCUCAGUUUCAACCUGUACCGCAUGAAGAUUAUUGGAUAACACCUACAAGUAUGCCUGUCUUACUGUCAGAUCCAUCGUUGUUGAGAAAAUCAGGUCGACCAAAGACUUCACGUUAUCACAACGAGAUGGAUUGGACAGAAUAAAGUGCUCAACAACGAUGCUCAUUCUGUAGCCAACUUGGUCAUAACCGACGGAGCUAUACUUUGUUAAGGAGACAGGCACCUGAUAGUUAGACAUCUUUCUUUAAUGACAUUGAUUUGUAUUUUUUUUUUUUUUUUGUAGAUAAUGGCAUUAAACCGAGGACCAAUUGAUCCGGACGUUUUAUAUGAUCAGAACAUUCACCGAUCAGAAACUGUGUGGGAUGAUCGUAAUACGCCCGAGAUAAACUGUAGACGACGUGAGGCAGUUGUCCAACGUACUAUCCCACUACACCGCAAAAUACUUCCACUGUUACGUGCUUCAGGAUUUUAUGGGCUUGCCAGAUUGGGGUUCAUCCAGUUAGACUGGCAUCUGAUCACUGCACUUUUGGAGAGAUGGAGACCGGAGACACAUACAUUUCACAUGCCAGUUGGAGAGUGCACAAUUACGUUACAGGAUGUGGAAGUUUUGGUGGGAUUACCGACUGAUGGCGAGCCCGUUAUCGGUCAGAUGCAUGAUGAUUGGUUGCAUGUUUGCCAAGAGUUACUUGGUGUGAUCCCACCUCCUGAACAAAUUAGGGGGCAGAGAUUGAGUUUAACAUGGUUGGGGGCAGAGUUUCAUGAAUUGGCUAACGAUGCCGAUGAGGAAACUAUCACACGUUAUGCACGAGCAUAUAUUUUACAGUUGAUGGGUGGGAGUAUUUUUGUCGAUAAAUCAACUCGUUAUGUGCACCUAAUGUUUCUACCAUUCUUAGCUAAUCUGCACCACACGGGGCAAUAUUCUUGGGGUGGAGCCUGUUUGGCAUGGUUGUAUAGACAAUUAUGCAAGGCAUCCAAACAAGGUGUUCGUGAAAUAGCUGGGCCACUAAUAUUGUUACAAAUAUGGGCUUGGGAACGAUUCCCAAUAGUGGCUCCGCAACUUCUACAUGUCAAUGCUAAUCAAUUACACGGUCGAGCUUAUGGUUCAAGAUGGAGAGAUCAAUUUUGUGUGACAAGAUCGGCUACACAUGUAGUCUCUCAGUAUAGGUACAUGUUUGAUCUUCUUCAACCUAGUCAGAUUGUCUGGGAGCCAUACAAAACUGUCAUAGAUAGCUUACCACAUUUUUGUACAAACGGACACAACAUAUGGCAGACGAUUAGUCCUCUCAUAUGUUUCUACAUUGGUGAGUGGCAUCAUCCUGAUAGAGUACUUAGACAGUUUGGUAUUCAACAAGCUGUUCCACGUGACUGUAAUACUGAACCACUGUUGCACAACAUUGACCUGAGGACUGCUGAUUGGUCAGAUAGAGUUGCUCAUUUAGUAAUGCGAUGGCAUAAUCGCAGAAGGUUUACUGCUACGGGACCUCCAAUUGAGCAGUUUUAUAUGGAUGUAACUCAAGAAUACAUCCAUUGGUACAAAAACAUUAGCAAGCUCUAUAUCACCCAACCGGGAGCUGCUAUGAGUCAUCUGAGAUCAAACAAUAUUAGACUUCGGAAUGUUGCAGAUGAUCCACAACAGGUUCUAAAUAUAUGCAACGAUAACGAGCAGUACAUGGAGAACAUCCACUAUAUGUACGAUGUCCCUAUUGUACCUGCUCCUGUUCAGAGGAGACGUCCUCUAGUGCAAGAGCCCGAUCAAUUGGAAGAAGUUGACCAACACGGGGAAGAAGUGCCUCCAAUGACACAGACACAAAGCGAGCAUAAUUACGUUAGUCCAGUAAUGAUGAUGCCAACAUUUGGAACGACAUAUUAUGAUUCAGGAGUCGGUCAAUCGUCAGACUUUGGAAGAGGAUAUUACAAUUCAGAGGCAGGUCAAUCAUCAACGGACUUUGGGCAACAAUACUAUGAUUUAGGGAGUGAUCCAUCGUCUUCAUACAUGCAUGGUCACGGUCGUGGUCGUGGAGAACAUAAUGAAUAUUUGUACUACGAAGUGCCUGCAGCGGUACCCGAGGAAUCAGAUGAGCUACAGCAAUAAGAGAAUGCAGCAGUACCCGGGCAAUCGGAUGAGCAACAACAACAAGAGAAUCAGGAGGAAAUACAACAACAGAGAGUUCAAAGUCGACGACGACAACCAGCUAGAAAUCGUCGACGUCCAGGUUGUGGAACACAUUGAUUUUUUUUUUCUUUGAAUGAAAAUUGUUAAAUUAUUGUAUUAAACAUUUUGAUUCAUAUUUAAUUAUUUUACAAUCAAAAGUACUUACUACAAAUU